AUGAGCAGAGACAGCUCCUUGGAUAACAACCCCAUGGAGGACUCCCAGAAUUCAGAGGAGACACGCGAGGCAUUCAAGGAUAUUCGCAAAUACUUCUCUGAAGAAGAGUGGGCAAAGCUGGGAAACUCAGAGAAAAGAACCUGUGUGUGCAUGAAAAGAAACUAUGAAAUCAUGAGUCGUCUAGGUUUCAUGAUCAACUGCCCAGAUUUCAUGCGUCCUAAGAAUUGGACCACAAAAUCUCCUGAACAUGAUUCUGAUGAAGAUCAAAACCCCGGGAAUCAGGUGCUGGAGCUCCUAGGAUCCAGGAAAAAUGAGACUAAUCCCUGGCUUGGCAGGCUGAGGGAAAGAAAGAACCACAUAGUCUAUGAAGAGAUCAGUGACCCAGAGGAAGAUGACUAA